GUUUGUUCAUUGACAUUUAGUUGAUAAUGUUUAUAUCUAAAAAAUUCUUAAAAAGAGCUACACUUGGAAUAAUUGGAUUGGGCACACUGACAUCUUUAAGAGCAAAUGAAUAUGAUCUGGGAUCUAUAGGUAUUGUACGAUUGGGACGUGCUGCAAUUACUGUUUUCAUAAUUGGCAGACAUUAUAAAACUGAAUUGUACGGAAGUAACUUAAGUCCAAAUACUCAAGAAUAUCUUGAUUUAAAGUCAAAAGUACAUAAAUAUGGAGCACAAAAGCUGCUAGAACUUUGCUGUGCCAACAAAGGUGUUUAUAUAAAAGUAGGUCAACAUAUUGGUGCACUAGAUUACCUAUUGCCACCAGAAUAUGUCAGUACAAUGAGAGUAUUACACAGUUCAGCACCACAAUCAUCUUUCAAAGAUGUACUUACUGUUAUUAAGGAGGACUUUAAAAAAGAUCCAUAUGAAAUAUUUGAAAGAAUUGACCCUGAGCCUUUAGGUGCUGCUAGCUUAGCACAAGUUCAUAAAGCUGUGUUAAAAAAUGGAGAUACUGUUGCUGUUAAAAUUCAACAUAGAGCAGUUAAAACUAACUCUUAUGUAGAUAUAAAAACUAUGUCAGCCUUAGUAAAAUUAACAUCAUUAGUCUUUCCUGAUUUUAAAUUUGACUGGCUUGUUGAUGAAACUAAAAAGAAUAUUCCUCGAGAGUUGAACUUCACUGAAGAAGGAAAGAAUGCAGAAAAAGUUCAAAACAUAUUUUCACAUUAUCAUUGGUUGAAAAUACCAAAAAUAUAUUGGAAUCUUUCAACAUCACGUGUUUUAACAAUGGAAUUUGUAGAGGGAGGUCAAGUUGAUAAUUUGAAAUACAUCCAAAGCAAUAAUUUAAAUCCGUAUGAAGUUAGUAGUAAACUAGGUCGACUUUAUAGUCAUAUGAUAUUCAUUGUGGGUUUUGUACAUUCUGAUCCUCACCCUGGUAAUGUGUUGGUCAGAAAGAAAAAUAAUGAAGCAGAGAUCAUACUUCUAGAUCAUGGACUGUAUGCAAAUCUUUCAAAUGAAUUUCGAUGGGAGUAUUCUAAGCUUUGGUUAGCAAUACUUGAUGGUAAUAAAGCUGCAAUGCAAACACAUUGUGCUAACUUGGGUGUUGGAGACUUAUAUGGAUUGCUAGCUUGUAUGGUGUCAGGACGAUCUUGGGAUGCAAUUGUGGCUGGUGUUCAAAAAACCAAGUAUGAUACGCAAGAGAAAGAAAAAUUUCAAAAAGAAAUACCAAACUUAUUGGCACAGAUUAGUAAUGUACUAGACAAGGUGAAUAGGCAAAUGUUAUUAAUCCUCAAAACAAACGAUCUUGUGCGUUGCAUUGAACAUUCUCUCAAAACUGAAUCAAGAAUGUCAGGGAUGAUAGAAAUGUCAAAAUGCUGUAUACAUUCAGUAUAUGGAGAAAAAUUGAAAUCUUGCACAAAUAUGUGGUCAAAAUGGAAAGUCUCUAUGUCUAAACAAUGGUCACUUUUCAAAUUAUCAUUAUAUUACAUAUAUUUGGGAGCAAUAAAUUUUAACAUAAUAAAUUCUGUUGACUCAUUAAUAAAGAAUGAAUUUUACGCCUUUUAA